AAUAAAUAUAACACAUUUCGAGCCAUGACAGUUGAUUUUAAGUUAACAUACUGGAUCCGGUUAUUGCAGUUCAUUGUGUCGCAGUAAUCCCUCCACGUCGGCAGAUGGCGCCGCUGCGCAAAACGGAACUGAGACCUACAACGAAAGAGUAAAUUCAGUGUUUGGGACGCUUUCCCCACCGCAGCUACAGCAACAGCAGUGUUUUCUGGCAUAUUCAAAUCUACAAAACACACAAAAAACGUGCGUUGUUUGAUAUGGAUAAUAGCGAGGAAGAGGAUGAAACCGAGUGGAAGAACAGUUUCGCGGAUUCAGUCCCACUCAGCCCCGCUGCUGCUUCUGGUUAAGUCCAAGCCUCAGUAAGACAUCAGUACAAACACCUGCACACAGAGUCAUUCUUCAUUUUGACCUGGACUGCUUCUAUGCUCAGGUGGAAAUGAUCAGAAACCCAGCAUUGAGAGAAGUCCCUUUAGGUAUUCAGCAGAAAUACAUCAUAGUCACCUGUAACUAUGUGGCAAGGAAGCAGGGUGUCACCAAGCUGAUGUCUGUGACUGAUGCUAAGGAGAAAUGUCCUCAGCUGGUGCUGGUUAAAGGAGAAGACCUGACACACUACAGAGAAAUGUCCUAUAAAGUGACAGAGCUGCUGAUGUCCUACUGUCCACUGGUAGAGAGGCUCGGAUUUGAUGAAAACUUCAUGGACAUCACAAAGAUGGUAGAAAGCAAGCUAGCACAGACACCAGAGUCCAACAGCUUUUCAUUUAAAGGACAUGUCUACAACCAUUUCAGUGCAGAUGUUGAAGCCAGUGAUCAUCCGAGGUUGGCUGUAGGUUCACACAUUUCGGCAGAGCUGAGAGAAGCCAUCCGCAGCAAAGUGGGCCUGACUGGCUGUGCUGGCAUCUCCUCGAACAAGCUACUGGCCAAACUGGUGUCGGGCACCUUCAAACCCAAUCAGCAAACCACCCUACUGCCGGAGAACGUCAGCGACAUCAUGGGCUGCCUGAGCAGUCUCCGCAAAGUACCGGGGGUCGGUCACCAAACCGUUAAGAGACUUCAAGCCCUGGGAUUGGUCAGUGUCAAAGACCUACAGCUGUUCCCACUGAGUGACUUGGUGAGAGAGUUUGGAGGCCCCAGUGCUCAGCGCUUGAAGAAUCUGGCCCUCGGUGUUGAUGACUCACCUGUCACCCCUACUGGGGCCCCUCAGUCUCUCAGUGAUGAAGACUCCUUCAGGAAAAUGUCAUCAACUAAAGAAGUUUUGGAAAAGAUUCGAGAACUCCUGAGCAGUCUGGUGGAGAGGAUGCACAAAGAUGGCAGGCAGCCUCAAACCUUCCGGCUUACCAUCCGUAGAUACUCAGCGACCAACAAGUGGUUCAGUCGGUGUCCAAUCCCCAACCACCUGGGACAGAAGAUCACCUCUGGCAGCAGUGAUGACGCUGUGGUCCAGCUGGUCCCGUUGGCCAUGAAGCUCUUCCACAAGAUGAUAGACAGCAGCGCUGCCUUCCACCUCACCCUCAUUAACGUUUGCUUCAGUAACCUGCAGACCAGGGGAGCUGCUGUCAGCGGAAAGGGCUCCAUAACAUCCUUCUUCACACAGAGCACGUCUCCCAGAAAAACACAAAUCUUCUCAUCACAGAGCCAGGAUGAUUCCUCUCAGCGUGGGGCUAGUCACUGCAUGGAUCAUCAGUUCAGCACACAUAACUUGAUCACUCAACAUACCUCACAAAAGACAGUAACCACAAAAAGCGCUCGCAGCUCUGAGGCAGCAUUACAUGGCUUUAAAGGAAAACAGAGCCCUGUUGUUGCCGUAGACCCUCCACUUCAGAAAGUAUCCUGCAGCACAGCGAGGUCAGACCCUGAUGAAACUGAUAACACGGUGACACAUGGAUUGCCUCCGAAUGUUGACCCAGAAGUGUUCAGGCUUCUCCCUGAGGAAAUCCAGGCGGAGCUGUUAUCUCCUGCCUCCACAAACUCUCUCUCCAGCACUUCAAUGAGCUCAGUUGCAGUCGUUGAUGUCCCCCACAUAACAAUGAACAAGUCUCCACAGUCAUUUACAGACUCACAAAAUAUUAAAGACAUAAAAGAGGCUGUAAACACAUUGGAUCCAUCUGACAGAGUCCUGAAUCACCAGAGUCCUGCAGGCACAAGUGAAUUUCCAGGAGAAAACGUCAUGGAAGAAGGGAGACAAUCAUUCCCCAUGUCUUCUGACUGUGAGUUCCCAGGAAAUGUGGACCCUAAGGUGUUUUCUGAGCUUCCGCCGGAUGUUCAAAGGGAGCUGAUGUCUGAAUGGAAGCAACAGAAGCCGGCCCUGAAGACCCCUUCAUCCAGGAAACCAGGGAGAAGCUUGAUGACCAAAGACAGAAAGGCUGUAGGAAAAGGCAGUCAGGCAAACAAUUUGUUCAGGUAUUUCAAACCCAGUUAGAGAAGGACAUUGACAAGUUAUUUUGUUAUGUUGUUUUUCUUAAAGAAAAUCUCAUUUCUUAUUGUCGCGUUGUUCUCAUGUGAUAUAUAUAAAUAUACAGGGAGUGAACAAAUUAAAAGAAACCCUUAACACUGCUCUACAGUAGCUCUUUAGCAAGAAAGUAUUUGCUGAGGCUUUUUGUUUUUUUUGGUCACACUGCUGUAAAUUAAAAUUAAAAAGCUACACAAAUAAGGUGGACCACAGGUGUCAUAAAAAUGUUUAUGAAGCACUCAAUUAAUUGAUAUCUAAUUGAACAGUAAAAACAAGAUUUUAAUAAAAUAUUUUACACAAUUAAUAAAUAAUCCAUAAAUACGUUAACUAAAUUACUAAGUCAUUUAUUGAUGUGAUAUUUGAUGGAUUAAUGUAUUAAUUUGUAAAUUAUUUUAGUAAUUAUUUUAUUGCCCACUUAAGUAUCAAUUAAUGAAAUUAAUUGAAUUUAUUUAUGCAUUCAUUCAUUCAUUUGUAAAAUCUUUGAUUAAAUCCUGCCUUUAUUGUCCAUUUAGACAUCAAUUAAUUGUCUAAAUUAAUUGUGCUCCUCCAUACACAAAGGAGUAAUAUUAAGUUGAAUACCAGUUCACAGUAUGUGUCCGCUUCAAUAGCAUCAUAACACUAUUUACAUUUGUACAAACUGGCCAGUCACUGCCUGAUUUCUGAAGCAUCACUGACCAACGCAGCAACAUAAUGUGCAGUACCACUGAGGAAGAAAAAUCACACCAAAAAUAAGAAAAUUACACUGAAAAAAAAAAGGGGAAAGGGUUACAAUUAGAUCUACACUAGCAUUAACUGACACAGUUAAAUAAUUGAUCAAUGAUACUGACUUUGAUCAACACCUCUGAUAAACCCAGCAAAAACAGAACGCAGAAAGCCUGAGCUUGGCUGAGCUGGUAUUUAUUUCAUGUUUUUUAGUGAGGUGUGUGUGUUUUUUGUCCACCCCUGUAUGUCAGCGUUAAUAUGUAGAUUAGUUGCCUAUUUGGAAAUAAGAAUGUAUUGUUUAUAAAACAACUUUAAUAUUGAUUUCAAAACCUCGACAAACUGCUCGAUUUUGCUGCGCUUUGAACAUUAUGUGUAAAAUCUCCCUUCACCUGAAGUGACCUUAUUAUGUUACCCUUUGCAAACAUGGAUCAAAAUAAAUUGGAUCAAAUAAAUUCCAAAAUAUUAAGGGGACCUAAA